UGUGGGCGUGUAGGAAACUGGUUAACAGAGAUAUUUAAGAGCAGGUGCAGGUAUCUGCAUGUAUCUGUACAGUCAGAGAUGAAGAUGAUCCACACACUUAGUGUAGCAUUUACCGUCGCUCUUCUAAUGAGAGGGUGUGACGCACAACUGGAUGUAUGUGGCAAAGCACCUCUCAACACAAGGAUAGUGGGGGGACAGGAUGCACCGGCUGGCGCUUGGCCAUGGCAGGUCAGCCUUCAUAGGAAUGGUCGCCAUUUUUGUGGUGGAUCACUCAUCAACAAUCAAUGGGUCCUGACUGCAGCGCACUGCUUUGACGAUACUUCAACCUCUGGCCUAACUGUGUACCUGGGCCGACAAACACAGCAAGGACCAAAUGAAAAUGAAGUGUCCAGGGGUGUCGCUAAAAUCGUAAAACACCCAAACUACAUUAGCUCAUCUCACGACAAUGACAUCACUCUUCUGCAACUGGCUUCGACAGUGAGUUUUACUAACUAUAUCAGUCCGGUCUGUCUGGCUUCCUCAAGCAGUACGUUCUUCAACCGCACCGUGAGCUGGGUCACUGGAUGGGGAAACACUAAUGCAGGCAUUUCCCUGCCUUCAUCGAAACCUCUACAGGAAGUGCAAGUGCCUAUUGUUGGAAACAGGCAAUGUAAGUGCCUUUAUGGUGUCUCAGCAAUCACAGACAACAUGAUAUGUGCUGGACUUUUGGAAGGGGGCAAAGACUCCUGUCAGGGUGACUCUGGUGGUCCUAUGGUCAGCAAACAGGGCUCGGUCUGGAUCCAGUCUGGAGUUGUGAGCUUUGGCGAAGGUUGUGCUCAAGCUAACCUUCCUGGUGUGUAUGCCAGAGUGUCUAAUUACCAGAACUGGAUCAAUCAGCAGAUCACCACCAACCAGCCAGGCUUCGUUACGUUCAGCUCCAGUGGUACUGAUGGUGACCUGAGCAUCAGCUGUAAUGGUGUGCCUGCCAUUACGACAACCACUGCCCCUACAACUAUACCAACUGUCCCACCUGUAGUGUGUGGACGUGCCAGUCUGAACACUCGUUUAGGAGGAAACAGCGCCCUUGUAUCUGCAGGCGUAUGGCCAUGGAUGGCCAGUCUGCAGUUUAACGGCAGUCAUGUUUGUGGAGGAACGCUGAUUGCUGAACGUUUUGUCAUGAGCUCUGCCAGCUGUUUUACCAGAUCCCGCAAUGCCUCAGAUUGGACCGUGAUCCUGGGCCGUCUGAAUCAGAACGGUUCCAACCCCAAUGAGGUCUCUAUAAAAGUGGCGAAUUUUACAAUCAGCAAUGUUACAGGCAACAACGUUGCAGUCUUGCAGCUGGCCAUUGCACCAAACCUCACAAAUUUCAUUCAACCUAUAUGCGUGGACUUGGGAGAGACCUUCAGCACUAAUACUCAAUGCUGGGUGGCAGGAUGGGGCUCAGGAGCAGGAGGAGUGAAUCAAACUCUUCAGGAAUUCCAGACCUCUAUUGUGGAUUGUGGAAACUCAAGCAACAGUAUUUGCACAAGUUCUUUGAACUUACAGGAGGGUGAUCAAGGGGGUCCGCUGAUGUGUAAGGUGGGUCUGUCAUGGAUCCAUGCUGCUGUUUUGACUAUACAGACUAGCAUCACAAACAGCAGCUCUAACACAAGCUCCAGCAACAGCACUGCAUCAUCCCGCUUUGCUCGUGCUACAGAUAUCCAGGUCUUUACUAAAACCUCCAGCUUUGCACCAUUCCUGACAUCUGUGGUGGGUUCCUUCCCUCCAAAAGCCACAAACCCCACAAGUGCACCUAUAAGCAACAGCAACUCAUCCCAAGGUGCCUCUAAUGGGUCACAAGUAUCUUCUUCCUUCUCUUUUACCAUUUCUGUCCUGUUCCUCUCACUUGCAGCUUUCCAAAUCUUUCUUUAAGGCAUCAACUGAGUCUUUUGAGGAGGAGGGGCCACUUUUCAUUCAUUCACUGUGAAUAUGACUGUAAAUAUUCAGACACAUAAUCAUAUCCAGCAUUAAAAGCUUUUGUGGAGCAGAUAAUUCAUUUUUACUAUACAAAUGUGAACUCUUAAGAUCUCACACCAUGAAGCUGUUUUCUGUUGUUCUUACACUGUACGUUGUAUGAUUUUCACUGGCAGUACCUUAAAACAAGUGUGCAUAGCUAAUAUUUUGUGUAACCUGUUGGUUUACAUAUAUUUGCAUUGUAGCAGAAGCAAAAUGUACUGUAGUUGUUAUUCAGCAUGGCACUUUAUUGAAAUGUCUCGAUUUGAGUGGUUCAGUUCUGAUACUGACUAAACCGUAGCUUAACUAACAAGUACCUCAAGCUGUACCACACUUGGGACAUUAUUGUAUGUUAAAUAAAUUAAAGAGUACUUUUAAA